AUGGGUCGCGUUCGCACCAAGACCGUUAAGAAGUCCGCCAAGGUCAUCAUUGAGCGGUACUACCCCAAGCUCACCCUGGACUUCGAGACCAACAAGCGCAUUUGCGAUGAGAUCGCCAUCAUCGCCUCCAAGCGCCUCCGCAACAAGAUUGCCGGAUACACCACCCACUUGAUGAAGCGUAUCCAGCGUGGCCCCGUCCGCGGUAUCUCCUUCAAGCUCCAGGAGGAGGAGCGUGAGCGCAAGGACCAAUACGUCCCCGAGAUCUCCGCCCUUGACUUCACCCAGAACACCGAGAGCGGCCAGCUCGAGGUCGACGUCGAGACCAAGGACCUGCUCAAGCACCUCGGCUUCGACUCUAUCCCCGUCAACGUUACCCCCGUCGCCCAGGCUCAGGUCCAGGAGCGUGGUGGCCGCCGCUUCGGCGACCGCCCUCCUCGCCGCGACUAA